UCUCUCUCUCUCUCUCUCACACACACACACACACACUACUAUCUCUUUACUCACCACUACGUUGAUUAUUGCCUAAUAGAUUCAGAUCUGUCUCUCUAUAAAUAUAAGCAUCUCCUCAUUCCUCUCUUCCCCAGACAUAACGAAACCCAUUUGGGAUCUUUGAUCUUAACCCUAAUAAUAGAAAACCCCCUCUCUUCAUCACCAAACAAGAGGACCCUUUUUCUCUCUCACACACACACAAGCUGAGACAAGAUUGGAGUAUAAGGGAGGGAGAGAGAGAGAGAGAGAGAGAGAGAGAGAGAUGGGAAGGCCACCUUGCUGUGACAAGAUUGGAGUGAAGAAAGGGCCAUGGACUCCCGAGGAAGACAUCAUCUUGGUUUCUUACAUUCAAGAACAUGGUCCUGGCAACUGGAGAUCUGUCCCUACUAACACAGGCCUGAGGAGAUGUAGCAAGAGCUGCAGAUUGAGGUGGACUAAUUAUCUAAGGCCCGGUAUUAAGCGGGGCAAUUUCACCGAGCAUGAAGAGAAGAUGAUUAUCCACCUUCAAGCCCUCUUGGGCAAUCGAUGGGCAGCCAUAGCAUCAUACCUUCCACAAAGGACAGACAACGAUAUAAAGAAUUAUUGGAACACUCACUUGAAGAAGAAGCUGAAGAAGAUGGAUGGUUCAGGAGAUGAUUCUGACGGGCAUGAGGGCUUGUCUUCAUCAAACCCUAAUUCUCAAAAUCACCAUCAAACCUCAAACAAAGGCCAAUGGGAGAGAAGGCUUCAGACAGACAUCAACAUGGCAAAACAAGCCCUUUGUGAGGCCCUGUCCCUUGACAAGCCACAUACAACACUGUCAUCUUCAUCAUCAUCAUCAUUAUCGCCACCAUCAACAUUCCAGAACUCUAAUUUCCCAAUAGAACGUUAUGAUCCAUCAUCGUCAUCUUCCUCCACCACCACCACAACCACAAGCAAUCCUAAUCCAUACCCAUCAGGCCUAUACGCGUCGAGCGCUGAGAACAUCGCUCGGUUGCUUCAAAAGUUCAUGAAAGACACUCCAAAGUCGUCAUCUCCUGCGUCAGAAACCAAAGCAGCCACCCUGGUCGUAUCUCGGAGGAACCUCCCGGCCACGGCGGCGUCUAGCCCUAGCACCGCCGAAGAAGGUGGUGAAGGGUUCGACCAGUCUUUCUUCGGCUUCAACUCGACGAACUUCGAGUCAAGCUUCUUGCAAGAUCAUGAGACAAAGCCGGCGAUGACAGACAAUGGAUUAAUAUCACAAGGGUCUCUGUCGUUGUUAGAGAAAUGGCUGUUUGAUGACCAAGGUCACGACAUGAUUAACAUGUCAUUAGAAGAGAGUCAAGAAGGGUUGUUCUAGAGAGACGAAAAGGAAGAAACCUAGAACGUUAUUAAUUAAUCAACUGUAUUAAGUCAAAGAUGUCUACCUUAAUCCUUAUGUUUGUGCCUUAAUUAGGGUUUAGAAUCUUGCUGGGUUUAUCUCAAGGAGCCGUACGGAUGGUUCCCCCUUUUUACAUCUUCUAUGUGUAAGAACACAAAGUGUAGAUCUCUAUUAACAUAUAUCAUGUGUUAUACUUUGUUCUUCAUAUUU